GGUGUGGCCUACGUGAGCGAGGCGGCGGCCAGCGAGAGCUUCGUGGCCCUCGUCAGUGCCUCAGACCGUGACUCAGGUGCCAACGGGCAGGUGCGCUGCAGCCUCCGUGGCCACGACCACUUUGCCCUGCAGCGAGCCUACGAGGACAGCUACAUGAUCAUCACCACAGCAGCGCUGGACCGAGAGCGCAUCCCCGAGUACAACCUCACUGUGGUGGCUGAGGACCUGGGCUCACCACCCUUCAAGACCGUCCGGCAGUACACAGUGCGCGUGAGCGAUGAGAAUGACAAUGCACCGCUCUUUGCCAAGCCCCUCUACGAGGUGGCCGUGCCAGAGAACAACCCACCAGGUGCCUACAUCACCACCGUGGUGGCCCGUGACCCCGAUCUUGGCCACAACGGUAAGGUCACCUACAGGCUCUUGGAGACACAGGUCAUGGGGGCCCCCAUCUCUACCUACGUAUCGGUGGAUCCUGCCACCGGGUCCAGCAGCGCCCUUGUCAAAGUAAGGAUGGUGGACCAGAAUGACAACCCUCCUGUCAUCAUCCACCCAGUGCUCACCAACGGGACAGCAGAAAUUGGCGUGUCCAGCAAGACCUCUCGUGACUCCCUGGUGGCCCAGAUCAAAGCUCGAGAUGCAGAUGAUGGGGCCAAUGCCGAGCUCACAUUCGCCUUUCUGGAAGAGCCCCAGCAGGACCUCUUCACCAUCAACCCAACCACUGGGGACAUUGUGCUGAGGGGCGACCUCUCUGAAGACCUGGGGCAGCUGUUCAAGGUCAUUCUCACUGUGACGGACAAUGGCAAGCCCCCCCUGGCCACGACAGCCACGGUCAAUUUUCUGGUGACUGCCACUGCUCCUUCCAGUAUGCAGGAGAUAGCCAAGCCCAGCUCCUGGGAAGGAAAGGCUUUGCAGUGGGAUAUCCCUCUGAUCGUGAUCAUCGUCCUGGCAGGCAGCUGCACCCUCCUCCUGGUGGCCAUCAUCACCAUCGCCACCACCUGCAACAGGCGCAAGAAGGGGAAUGAGAUCAAAAACAACUCAUCCUUGAAGGACCAGAUAGACAUCUCCCACCUGGAGAAGGGCCAUCAGGAGGAGGGCAGCCAGAGGGGGAAUGUGUUUGAGGUACGAACCUUUCCCAGCAAAACCUCUUUCACCAGCCCCGACCCUUCUCCAGCUGCCAAAGAGAUCUCCACUACUGAGAGCAGCAGCGACAGCACUUGCCUCUACGAGAGUCAGAAGAGGCUGAGAGGACCAAGUGGGGAGCAGGGUUUCACUGCCACUCCGAGCUACGGCAAGGAGCCUGCUCCCCCUGUGGCCAUUUGGAAGGGGCAUUCAUUCAACACCAUCUCCGGCCGAGAGGCAGAGAAGUUCAGUGGCAAAGACAGCGGCAAAGGCGACAGCGAUUUCAAUGACAGCGACUCGGAUAUCAGCGGAGAUGCCCUGAAGAAGGAUCUCAUCACACACAUGCAGAACGGUCUGUGGGCAUGCACAGCCGAGUGCAAGAUCCUGGGCCACUCAGACCGCUGCUGGAGCCCCUCCUGCGGCCGAGCCAACCCUCACCCCUCUCCCCAUCCCUCGGCACCCCUCUCCACCUUCUGCAAGAGCACGUCCCUGCCCAGGGAUCCUCUGCGCAGGGACAACUUUUACCAAGCCCAGCUGCCCAAAACAGUGGGGCUUCAGAGCGUGUAUGAGAAAGUGCUGCACAGGGACUUUGACCGGACGAUCACACUGCUCUCCCCACCGCGCCCCGCACGGCUCCCCGACCUACAGGAGAUCGGGGUGCCCCUCUACCCAGCCCCCUCCAAUAGAUACCUGGGUCCCCAGACGGACACAGCUGAGAAAGUGUAGCCCAACACGCUCCCCACCCGAGUGCACGACGUCCCUGUGCGCACACGACUAGGUCACUCCUGAGAGCCUUUAAGUUAUUGACCAGAUCUGGUGUCGAACGUGUAAAUAUGCAAGAUGUGCCUUAAAGAUGAAGUUGUUGGGAAAGAUUUCCAAUCACAUCAGUACUGUUUGAUAUUUGCAAACAAAAAAGAAUUGUUUGUAGUUAAUGUAAUUUUUAUGAAAUGUGCAGUAUUUAAAUUUUUUUCAUGUUUUCUACAUUGAGGGGUUUUGUUUGUUUGUUUUUGGUUUACCCAUGGCCUGCCAUUUUUUUGUAGUGUUUUUAACCUGUACAUUGUGUAAUGUAAUGUUUGUACAUAAUGAAAAUUGGUUAUAUUUUUAUAUAAUAAAAGCUUAAAAUGGGAAUUCUUGCCAAAGGAACUGUCUGAAAGACACAAUAGUAAUUAAUAAUAAUAUCCUGAAUAUGUAGAACCUUGUAAGGGAAAUUCCUCUUUCUUGGUGUAAUAAUAAUCUAAGCAACCCAGUGUACUGAGAAGUUUGCCUUGCCAAAUGUGACUUGUGUUUCUUCAGUCUGUGGUCAAGUUAAAUGUUAUUUAAUUGCCUUUGGUUCCUGUAAUCUCUGUCACUGAUAAACACUAAUAAAGGUUUUGUGAUGUGUCGGAG